AUGGCGGCGCGCGGCGGGGGCCUGGUCUUGGCGCUGGGGCUCUGGGGCUGGACGCUGGGCCCCUCGGAGGCCGAGGACGCCAUGGGCCCUCACCUGGCGGUCCGUCUGGCAGAGCUACUGACUCCAGAGGAGUGUGGCCAUUUCCAGUCGCUCCUGAAGGCGCCUGAGCCCGACGUUGAGGCCGAGCUCGCCAGGCUCUCGGAGGACCGGCUGGCCCGCGCCCCGUCGCCGGAGUCUACGCGGCCGCCCUCGCCGCCGCCGCCGCCGCCGCGGUCUCUGUGGGAGCGGAGGCGGGAGGCGGCGAACACGGCGGCCCAGGCGGCCGAGCCCACCGAGGUGUCCGACGGCUGCAGGGAGGCGCUGGCGGCCUGGCUGGCGGCCAGGGCCCCGUCCCUGUCUUGGGACCGCGUGGCCCGGGCCCUGAGGCGCAGCGGCCGCCCGGACGUGGCCCACGAGCUGGGCAAAAGCCUCCACCAACAGGCGACGCUGCAGCUGCUCAAGUUCGGGCAGCCCUACCUGCCGCCGCCCGGAGCCGCCGCGCCCGCCGCGCCCGCCGCGCCCGCCGCGCCUCGCCCCCGCCGCGCCUCGCCCCCCGAGCCCGACUGGGACGCGCUGGAGCUGGUCGUGGAGCGCCUGCCCCAGGCUCCGUACGAGCGGAGCCCCGCAGGCUGGGCCGGGCCGCUGGCGCUCGGCCUCGUCUCGGGUUUCCUGGGGGCGCUGGGCGCCGGGGCGCUGCUCAUCCCGCUCACGCUGUGGAUCACGGGCGGCGACCGCGACCCGGUGCGACCCGGCAGCCCCGCCCCGCCCGACUCGCCUCCGCACGGCCCCGCGACUCGCGCGACUGGCGGGAAGCGAAGCGCCUCUUGGGCUGCGGGUGGACCAGAUCCCCCCUCGCCCGCAUGCCUGGCUGCAAAAUGGGAACGCGAUUCUGGCUGACUGCUGCCUUCCGCUUACUAUAAAAAUUAUGAAAAAUACACAGAGGAGAGCGCAGUCCAUUAGCUCGUGGGCAGUGACCGGCGUAAGCAGAGGGAAUGCACAUCAACAGCCACAGGAUGUUGCAAACGCUGAAUAUCUUCCAUCAGGUAGAAGAGGCUCUGGUGCAAACUAGAUGAGUGUACCUGUACCUCCCCCCGCCGUCGCCCCCCCCCCAAUUAUUAAUUCCUUGUCUCACUAUUAUUCUUGCUCUAAGAGCUACUUUUCUUUUUAAGCACUGCAUGUUUAAGCAGUUACAUACACUACUCAACUUCAAAGCCCAAGAAGGAAAGUAUUACACAGAAAGAAACUCUGGGUCUCAACUACUAAAUGACAUAGUCAGGUUUUUUGAACUCCAGAGGGAAUAACCUGUAAGUAGUAAG